AUGGUCCGAGGUCGGGGGAGGAGAGCUGCAGAGACCGGGAGCUAACCGCAGGGUGAAGGCCAUGCCACCUCCUGGGAAAGUUCCCCGGAAGGAGGACCUGUGGUUGCAGUGUGAGUGGGGGUCCUGCUCCUUUGUGUGCUCAGCCAUGGAGGAGUUCUGUGAGCACGUCACUCAGCACCUGCAGCAGCAACUGCAUGGCUCUGGGGAGGAGGAGGAGGAGGAGGAGGAGGAGGAGGACCCUCUUGAGGAAGAAUUCUCCUGCUUGUGGCAGGAAUGUGGCUUUUGUUCUCUGGACAAUUCUGCUGACCUUGUCCGCCAUGUCUACUUCCACUGCUACCACACCAAACUGAAACAGUGGGGGCUGCAGGCCUUGCAAAGCCGGGCAGACCUCAGCCCCUGCAUCCUGGACCUCCAGAGCCGGAACAUCAUCCCUGACAUCCCUGAUGACUUCCUGUGUCUGUGGGAGCACUGUGAGAGCUCCUUCGAUAAUCCCGAGUGGUUCUAUCGGCACGUGGAAGCGCACAGCUUGUGCUGUGAAUACCAAGCAAUCGGCAAGGACAACCAUGUGGUGCUGUGUGGCUGGAAAGGCUGUACUUGCACCUUCAAGGACCGCUGUAAGCUUCGAGAGCACCUCCGCAGCCAUACCCAGGAGAAGGUGGUGGCCUGUCCCACCUGCGGGGGCAUGUUUGCCAACAACACCAAGUUCUUUGAUCACAUUCGUCGCCAGACCUCAUUGGAGCAGCAGCGCUUCCAGUGUUCUCACUGUUCCAAGAGAUUUGCCACAGAGAGACUGUUGCGGGACCACAUGCGUAACCAUGUGAAUCACUAUAAGUGUCCUCUGUGUGACAUGACCUGCCCACUGCCUUCCUCCCUCCGCAACCACAUGCGCUUUCGCCACAGUGAGGACCGGCCCUUUAAAUGUGACUAUUGUGACUACAGCUGCAAGAAUUUGAUUGACCUCCGGAAACACCUGGAUACUCACAGCAAGGAGCCAGCCUACCGGUGUGACUUUGAGAACUGCAGCUUCACUGCCCGAUCCCUCUGCUCUAUCAAGUCCCAUUACCGCAAAGUACAUGAAGGAGACUCAGAGCCAAGGUACAAAUGUCAUGUGUGUGACAAAUGCUUCACACGGGGCAACAACCUCACCGUGCACCUUCGCAAGAAGCACCAGUUCAAGUGGCCCUCAGGGCACCCCCGUUUUCGGUACAAGGAACAUGAAGAUGGCUACAUGCGGCUGCAGCUGGUACGCUAUGAGAGUGUAGAGCUAACACAGCAACUGCUGCGACAGCCACAAGAGGCAUCGGAUCUGGGACCAUCACUGAAUGAGAGCAGCCUGCAGGGCAUCCUUCUAGAAACAGUGCCAGAGGAUCCAGGACAUAAGGAAGAGGUGGAAGAGGAGGGUAGGGGCGGCGAGGAGACAGUCCCAUCAGCCUCCCAGGAAAACACCAGCCCUGUCAUCCAUGUGGCGAAUCAGACCAAUGCUCAAGGCCAGCGAGAGAUCGUCUACUAUGUGCUGUAUGAAGUCCCAGGAGAGCUUCCCCCAGGCCCUGAGCCACCCUCAGGAGGCAUCAUGGAAAAGCUUCAAGGAAUAGUUGAGGAGCCGGAGGUCCGGAUGUUGUGAAGGCUGCAGAGCCUGACCAUUCCUACCCCAGGCCCUGGGGUUUGAGCCAGGCAGGUGGCAGUGCCCCUACUGGGCAGCCCUUGCCACCAGAUUCCUUUGGGAAUGGUGCUGAGAGCAGUGUGGUCCACUCUGGCCUGGGCUUGCAUCAUUCUGAAGGCUCUAAGGACCUCCCUUUUUUGCCAUACUGCAUUUUGAGGGAAUCCUGAGGAGUUUGGAUUUUUUGAGGGGAUCCUGGAUGUGUGUGUUCUUUUUAAGGGUGCUAUUCUCAGGCUUAACCAUAACCUCCUAAAUAUGCUGUGUGGCGAUUUAAUCCUUAGUCAGCUCACAUCCAUUCCCAUACUUUGGGGUCCUUGGACCCAGGGAUGAUGUGUGACUAGUCACCGUAAGGGCCCUGCCCUUACCACCAGCCAAGGCAUUGAGAACCAGGUCACCAUUUCCUCUUAAGGGUUCCUCCUACAACCCCAAGGACUUUCAUGGUUAUCCUCAGGGACAGGAUUGGAGACACUGAGUGCGUGUGUAAUAAUUUUUUUUGAUAAUAAAAGAAAC